CUUACCUUCUGUGAACUUUAUCAACAGAUUAAAGGAAAUCAUGUUUAAGGAAAUAAAUAUUCUGCGGGUGCUUGAAACCUUUUUGUCUCAAAAGUAUUUCGAGGUCCUUUUUCUAAAGAUGGGUUUUCCUUCCCCACCGGCUAGUGUUUCUUCAGAAUGACCAAAAAGCAUAACUUAGUGUCCAAGCUUUUCUUUGUCAUUCCCUUCUCUUUUGUGCCUUAUAAAAAGAGCUUUUCUUCAAUUUCUCCAUACAAUCACCACAGAACUUGUGAUCUGAGCCAAAAAUUCUGUUGAGGGAUGGUUAAGCUAACAAUUGUGGGAAGGGUGAAGGAUGGCUUGCCUCUCGCACAAGGUCGUCGGUACGUUACCGAUGACGACGGCAUCUUUGGGUUUUACAAGCAACAAGCCGAACUUGUACUCGAAGAAAUCGCAAGAGGAGCCUUGGAGUCUUCCAAGAUGACCGUUCACGUCGAUCACCAUUGCUUCCACUACUUGGUGGAGGAUGGUGUUUGCUUUAUUGUGUUGUGCGAAUCGUCGUAUCCAAGAAAGCUUGCUUUCCAUUAUCUGCAAGAUUUGCACGCGGAGUUUGACAAGUUUGACAAACGAAUCCUAGACAAAAUUACCAGACCAUACAGCUUUGUGAAAUUCGAGAGUGUGAUAGGGAACAUUAGGAAGCGGUACAUCGAUACAAGGACCCAAGCCAAUCUGUCAAAGCUUAACGCGGUCCGUAAAAAGGACGUCGACAUAAUGACAACGCAUGUUUCAGAGAUUGCCAGAAGAAGGAGAUAUUUAAGUGAAGGUCCCUCUCAUUUUCGAAUCUGA